AUGAUCCAACCUCCCAUGUACCUGUUCCGCCUUCACCUUAGCCGCCUGAACGGCGGCGUCCGCAGCCUCAAUCCACUGAAAGGAGGGAUGAAGGAGGCUGCUUUGGGAGUGACGGCAAGGCGACAAACGGAGAAGGGAGAUGACAAAGCAGCGAAGCGUGGCGGUGAGCCAGAGUGUGAGCACAGUGUAGAGGAAGGGCAUACGGAUGCGAUAGAUGUACUCGGGGAUGGUCUCGUGCGCCAGCCUGUGGAGAGGGUUCAUCUGCUUGACGGCGACUUGCAGUGCCAUGCAGAGAUCCUGGCAGGUCCGCUUGCCUUGGUGGCCGCUGGUGGAUCCGGCGAGGGUGUGGACGUCCCUGAGCGCGAAGCCGUACUGGAAGAGUGUGGGCGUGGUGGAGUCGCAGUCCGUGAUGGAGGGGCAGUCGGGAGUGUGAUUGGAGUUCGGGGCCAGUGGACGCUGCUUGGCUGUGCAGUCGUUGUCGCAGCUCCUGGCGUGGCAGUCUUGGAGCAGUUGCUUAAGCAGGUCGUAGAAUGUCUCCGUGAGGUACACUAUCCACGAGAGGUAGAGGUGGGCGUGUUCCUUGGAGAAGGUGGCGCGUACGUCGUGGCCGAGGGGCUUGAGUGUCACGCCCCGCUGCCGGAAGCACGCAGCGCCGCCGGCGUCAUCGAAGGCUUCCUUCCGGUGCUCACCGGUCUGAGUCCAGUUACAGAGGAAAUUGUAGUAAAAGGCGAACAGCUCGUCUGGCGUGCGUGGCGGUCGGGUGAAGAGGCAACUCAGGGAGCCGCAGAGCCUGGCGAGGGGCGACGAUGCGCCGCCGCAGAAGGCGCCGAGAACGUCCAUGAUGCGUCGGCCUUGGGAGGCACCGGAGGCCAGCCAGACCUCCGUGAGUGCGUCGGUGAGGGAAGUGAGAGUGAUGUGCUGCGGGUGGGCGGGCAGCGCCAGGCUGCUGAGGUUUAUCAAGGGCACGUCGGAGUCCCCGGGGUUCGGCUCCUCCGCCUCGAACAGCGACGGCAUGGCAUCAUGAGUGACGGUCAGAUGCACGGGAUUGUACGUAAGCCCGCAGCACCAUGUGAGCAUCUCGUAGACGUUGCACGGCGGCCGGGGCGAGGGAUGCACCUUGAGGUGGCACGUCUCAUAAUACUCAUGGAGGUGCGUGCAGAAGCAAUCGAGGAGCUCUAG